AUGAAGUUAGAUUUGACGGUUUAAUUACCCAAAUUUGAGGUAAUCUUGGAAGUUGCGACUUGGUAAUAUUACGAGAAAGAAAUCUAUCAAUGAUGACUACGACUCAGCAAAUGUCAAAGAAACGGAAAGCAGUACAGGAUGGUAUUUUUAAAGCUGAAUUAAAUAAUUUCCUUAUGAAGGAACUUGCCGAAGAUGGUUAUUCGGGUGUCGAAGUUCGACGAACACCGGCGCGUGCUGAGAUAAUCAUUUUGGCAACACGUACACAAAGUGUAUUGGGUGAACGUGGACGGCGGAUUCGUGAACUGACAUCAGUUGUACAGAAACGAUUUGGAUUUGCUGAUGGUACAGUUGAGCUUUAUGCAGAAAAAGUUACAAAUCGUGGUUUGUGCGCUGUAGCUCAAUGUGAGUCAUUACGUUAUAAAUUGGUUGGUGGCUUAGCUGUUCGUCGAGCUUGCUAUGGUGUAUUGCGUUUCAUCAUGGAAUCCAAUGCACAAGGAUGUGAAAUAGGGAAAUGGAGACGUAUUGUUCUCGUGAGAGCUGUGAUGUUUCGUACAACUGACACCUCUUAUGUUAGCAUCUCUAUAAGAGUAUGCAAUGAUUCUGCGUAUUAUCUGAGCUCUGUUCUCAUUUCCUGGAGGUAAUUGUGUCGGGAAAGUUGCGCGGUCAGCGAGCUAAAUCGAUGAAAUUUGUUGAUGGAUUGAUGAUCCAUUCUGGUCAGCCAGUAAACGAUUACAUCCAGCAAGCAGUACGUCACGUUCAACUUCGUCAAGGUGUUUUGGGCAUCAAAGUGAAAAUAAUGUUGCCGCAUGAUCCUAAAGGAAAUAUGGGACCACGUAUUGCAUUGCCUGACCAAAUUCAUAUCCAAGAACCAAACGAAGCACCGAAUCCGUUGCACCCAGAAUCAGAACAUAAGCAGGAAAAGAAGGAUUUGUUGCAACCGAUGUCUGGUCAAAUACCACAAAUUCCUCCCUAUUAAAGAAAUAGAAAUAUUUAUCAUUGUUAAAUAUUCGUUUAUUGUUCAGAAAUUUGUUCAGAUACAAAUAAAUCACGUUGUUCUUAUUUGACCAAAAAGUUUAUUUAAAGGAAUCGUGGAGUUAAUUUUUCGUGAACGAUUUGGUCUACCACAUUUAUGAGGCUUUUCUUUAAUUUCAAUUAAUUCGCUUGUGACACUACUUGCUAUGAAUCACAGUCCACAGUUUCUAC